GGAAGAGGAAAUGAAGGAGGUUGGGACCCACGUGGGUUCGGCGUGUGUUUCUGCGUCCCUGGAAGCCGGUCUUUUAACCUGUCUCCGGGCCGCAGCUUACUCGACAUGGGUCGCCAGGGGAAGUUGCCGUCCGGUGUCUCGGCUAAGCUGAAGCGCUGGAAGAAAGGCCAUAGCAGCGACAGUAACCCCGCCAUCUGCCGCCACCGCCAGGCCGCCCGCAGCCGCUUCUUCAGCCGGCCCUCAGGAAAGAGCGACCUGACAGUUGAUGCCGUGAAGUUGCAUAAUGAGCUGCAGUCAGGCUCCCUGCGCCUGGGCAAAAGCGAAGCCCCUGAGACGGCCAUGGAAGAAGAGGUGGAGCAAGGUCUCACCGAGAAGUCCUCGGGCACCUUCCUGAGCGGCCUCUCUGACUGCACAAACGUCACCUUCAGCAAAGUGCAGCGCUUCUGGGAGUCCAACUCAGCUGCGCACAAGGAGAUCUGUGCUGUUCUGGCUGCCGUCACUGAGGUAAUUCGCUCCCAGGGAGGGAAGGAGACAGAGACCGAGUACUUUGCUGCCCUGAUGACAACAAUGGAAGCGGUGGAGUCCCCGGAGUCUCUGGCUGCUGUUGGUUACCUGCUGAACCUUGUCCUGAAGCGUGUUCCCAGCCCUGUGCUCAUUAAGAAGUUCUCGGAUACCUCCAAAGCUUUCAUGGAUAUCAUGUCAGCCCAGGCCAGCAGUGGCUCCACCUCUGUCCUCCGAUGGGUCCUCUCCUGUCUUGCCACCCUUUUGCGGAAGCAAGACCUGGUAGCCUGGGGCUACCCCGUGACCCUGCAGGUGUACCACGGGCUGCUGAGCUUCACUGUGCAUUCCAAGCCCAAGAUCCGGAAGGCUGCCCAGCAUGGAGUGUGCUCAGUCCUCAAGGGCAGUGAAUUCAUGUUUGGUGAAAAGGCCCCUGCCCAUCAUCCUGCUGCUGUUUCCACUGCCAAGUUCUGUAUCCAGGAGAUUGAGAAGUCUGGAGGCUCCAAGGAGGCCACCACUACGCUGCACAUGCUGACGCUGCUGAAGGACCUGCUGCCCUGCUACCCGGAAGGCCUGGUGAAGAGCUGCAGUGAGACUCUCCUCAGGGUCAUGACCUUGAGUCAUGUGCUGGUGACAGCCUGUGCCAUGCAGGCCUUUCACAGUCUCUUCCAUGCCAAGCCGGGCCCGGGCACCCUGUCAGCAGAGCUCAACGCCCAGAUCAUCACGGCCUUGUAUGACUACAUUCCCAGUGAGAAUGACUUACAACCCCUUCUGGCCUGGCUGAAGGUCAUGGAGAAAGCCCACGUCAACUUGGUCAGGUUGCAGCGGGACCUGGGGCUGGGCCACCUUUCUUGCUUUUUUGGAACUGCGAUGACCUCCCUUCUCUCGCCCCACUCGCAGGUGGUGACAGCUGCCACCCAGAGCCUCAAGGAGAUCCUGAAGGAAUGUGUGGCACCCCACAUGGCCGACGUCGGCUCCGUGACCUCGUCGGCCUCAGGUCCUGCCCAGUACAUUGCCAAGAUGUUCAGGGCAGUGGAGGAGGGCCUGACGUACAAAUUCCAUGCGGCAUGGAGCUCCGUGUUGCAGCUCCUGUGUGUCUUCUUCCAGGCAUGUGGGAGGCAGGCCCAUCCUGUGAUGAAGAAGUGCCUCCAGUCCUUGUGUGACCUGCGCCUCUCCCCUCAUUUCCCCCACACGGCAGCUCUGGACCAGGCAGUGGGGGCUGCAGUGACUAGCAUGGGACCUGAGGUGGUGCUACAGGCUGUACCUUUGGAAAUUGAUGGCUCUGAAGAGACUCUGGAUUUUCCACGAAGCUGGCUGCUGCCUGUCAUCCGUGACCAUGUUCAGGAAACACGACUUGGUUUCUUCACCACCUACUUCUUGCCCUUGGCUACCACCCUGAAGAGCAAAGCAAUGGACCUGGCCCAGGCGGGCAGCACAGUGGAGUCCAAGAUCUAUGACACACUCCAGUGGCAGAUCUGGACCCUCCUGCCUGGGUUCUGCACAAGGCCCAUGGACGUGGCUACUUCCUUCAAAGGGCUGGCACGGACGCUAGGCAUGGCCAUCAGUGAGCGCCCAGACCUGAGGGUCACUGUGUGCCAGGCCCUGCGCACCCUCAUCACCAAGGGCUGUGAGGCAGAGGCUGACCGUGCUGAAGUAAGCCGCUUUGCUAAGAACUUUCUGCCAAUCCUCUUCAACUUGUAUGGGCAGCCCAUUGCAGCUGGGGACACUCCAGCCCCUCGCCGGGUUCUGCUGGAAACCAUCAAGACUUACCUCACUAUAACCGAGCCUCAGUUGGUGAAUGGUUUCCUGGAAAAGGCCAGUGAGAAGGUGCUGGACCCUGCUAGCUCUGACUUCACCAGAUUGUCUGUCCUGGACCUGGUUGUGGCCUUGGCUCCUCACGCUGAUGAAGCUGCCAUCACCAAGCUGUUCUCCACCAUCCGGCCCUACCUAGAGAGCACGGCCCAUGGAGUGCAGAAGAAGGCCUACCGUGUGCUGGAGGAGGUGUGUGCCAGCCCCCAAGGGCCUGGGGCCCGCUUCGUGCAGAGCCACCUGGAUGACCUGAAGAAGACCCUGCUGGAUUCGCUACGGAGCACAUCCUCGCCGGCCAAGAGACCACGUUUGAAGUGCCUCCUACAUAUUGUGAAGAAGCUCUCAGCGGAGCAUGAGGAGUUCAUCACUGCCCUUGUCCCAGAGGUGAUCCUGUGCACCAAGGAAGUGUCUGUGGGAGCACGGAAGAAUGCUUUCGCCCUGCUCGUGGAGAUGGGCCACGCUUUCCUGCGGUUUGGCACAAACCAGGAAGAGGCCCUGCAGCAGUACCUCAUCCAGAUCUACCCUGGCCUCGUGGGCCCGGUGACCAUGGUCAGCUGCAGCAUCCUGGCUCUGACCCACCUUCUUUUCGAGUUUAAAGGUCUGAUGGGGACUAGCACAGUGGAGCAGCUGCUGAAGAAUGUGUGCCUACUUCUGGCUUCCCGUACCCGUGAUGUGGUCAAGUCGGCACUGGGCUUCGUCAAGGUAGCAGUGGUUGUCAUGGACGUGGCACACCUGGCCAAGCAUGUACAGCUCGUGAUGGAAGCCAUCGGGAAGCUUUCAGACGACAUGCGGCGGCACUUCCGCACAAAGCUUCGGAACCUCUUCACCAAGUUCAUCCGCAAGUUUGGAUUUGAGCUGGUGAAGGGGCUGCUACCUGUGGAGUACCACAAAGUCCUGGUAAACAUCCGGAAGGCUGAAGCCCGAGCCAAGAGGCACCGUGCCCUGAGCCAGGCUGCCAUGGAGGAGGAGGAGGAAGAAGAGGAGGAGGAGGAGCUCACCCAGGGCAAAGGUGACAGCAUCGAGGAGAUUUUGGCUGACUCGGAGGAUGAGGAGGACGACGAGAAAGAGGAAAGAAGUCGGGGCAAGGAGCAGCGGAAGCUGGCUCGGCAGAGGAGUCAGGCGUGGCUGAAGGAGGGUGGUGGGGACGAGCCCCUCAACUUCCUGGAUCCCAGGGUGGCCCAGCGAGUCCUGGCCACACAGCCUGGGCCAGGCCGGACCAAGAAGAAGGACCAUGGCUUCAAGGUGAGCGCUGACGGCCGGCUGAUCAUCAGGGAGGAGGAGGAUGGCGACAAGAUGGAGGAAGAGGAAGGCACCAGAGGUGAAGAUGAGGAGAUGGCUGACGUAAUGGAAGACAUGGGCGUCAGGAGUAAAAAGCACCAGAAGCUUAAGCAUCAGAAAGAGGCUGAUGAUGAGGAGCUGGAGGUGCCCCCUCGGUACCAGGCUGGAGGCUCUGGCAUCCAUCGCCCUGUGACCAAGAAGCCUGUGCCUGGGGCCGAAUACAAGGCCAAGAAAGCAAAGGGUGACGUGAAGAAGAGAGGUCGGCUCGAUCCCUACGCCUACAUCCCCCUCAGCAGAACCCGGCUCAGCCGCAGGAAGAAGGUAAAGCUGCAGGGACAGUUCAAAGGCCUGGUGAAAGCUGCCCAGCGGGGUUCCCAGGUGGGACACAAACUCCGUAGAAAGGAUCAUCGGUCCUGAAGCCCCAGGACCUCUAGGCAGCCUGAGGCCCCUUUUCAGCCCCAAAGCUGCCUGUUCACCAGCUCCAGGUGCUCAAAACUCUGGCAGAGCCUGGACUCAGAGUGACUUGUUGGAACCAGGGCAUGGCUCCCAGAGAGAUGGCUAGGAUUUUGGAAGCUCCAAAUGGGAACCAACCUUUAGAGAUGUCCCUGGCACCUGGAGAUGGGAAUGUGGCCUCACUGCCUCUGAGUAGGCCCCAUGAUGCAGCUGUGCUUUCUGCCCAGAGUGGCCAUGAGCAACAGAGCGGUGAUCUUCCUUUUCCUCCAGCUGCUGGUAGUCAUAUGGCACUCUCAGUCUGCCGUGGCCUGGAUAUGUGAGAUUUACUAUGACCAGACAUAGAAUAAACAAGGAUCACUAUGUAUUAUCCCUAGAAA